AAGGGACUUGUUUGCCAGAGCUUAAGCUCCAAAGGGAAUCUAUGAACUGCCUCUGACUUCAGAAUUAUCAACAAGAUUCUGGGCAGAAGCAAGGGUGGGGACUAGUAAUUGCUUUGAGUACCAACUGGCAGUUCCAUGCUAGGAGACAUCAUCAUUAUCAAGAAUCCAGGUUAAUAAAGCAGGCAGCAAUCAACAUCCAGGGUUUAAAGAAUCCAGGACAGGACAACUCAACUCAGACACUUUGCACCUGAAAGAAGGAUCCAGCAGAAACCAUUGAGAAAGGAUUAUUUCCAAGUGACUUUGGGAGAAACACAUUUGUAAUGGAACAUUCUACUAGGAAGAAGAAAAUUAACCUCCUAAGAUAGGAAGGGGAAUCAAGAUCGUCUGACUGAGUGAGCAGUACAAGAGAAGACUCUUAGCAUAAUAAGAGUGCUUCAGAACUGAAUGAUUGAGGACUGCAACAGGUGGAAAGAGAAGAGGAGAAAAGCCAUUGAAAUCUCAUGGGAGAACUACACCUACCAAUAACAUUCACAAGACUACAAAGUGAUUCAUGAAAACUUUGAAGGCCUGAAAGGAAAGAUUUCCGUUUACAGUCAGUUCAGUUGAAGUGCAAUUAAACAACUAUGGAAGUAGAAAAUGAGCCGAUAUACAAUGUUAACCCAACAGAACUUGAUCAUCUAAGUGACACUCCAUUUUCUGGUGAGGAAGAAAAUGCUGGAAGUGAGGAAAUAAAGACUGAAAUCAAUGGAAAUUGGAUAGCUGCAUCUUCCAUUAAUGAAGCUAAAAUUAAUGCUAGAGCAAAGAGGCGGUUAAGGAAAAAUUCUUCUCGUGAUUCUGGGAGAGGAGACUCUGUUAGUGAUAAUGGAGAGGCACUGAAAAGUGGAGUUACUGCACCAACUAGUCCAAAGGGAAAAUUUCUGGACAGACGAUCCCGGUCUGGAAAAGGAAGGGGACUACCAAAGAAAGGUGGUGCAGGUGGCAAAGGUGUUUGGGGUACCCCAGGGCAAGUGUAUGACGUGGAGGAAGUGGAUAUUAAAGAUCCCAACUAUGACGAUGACCAGGAGAAUUGUGUCUAUGAAACUGUAGUUCCACCUUUGGAUGAAAGAGCAUUUGAUAAAACUUUAACACCAAUGUUACAGGAAUACUUUGAACAUGGAGAUACUAAUGAAGUUGCGGAGAUGCUGAGGGAUUUAAAUCUUGGUGAAAUGAAAUACAGUGUGCCAGUGUUGGCCGUAUCAUUGUCAUUAGAGGGGAAGGCUAGUCACAGAGAAAUGACAUCUAAGCUCCUCUCUGACCUUUGUGGGACAGUAGUGAGCACAAGUGAUGUGGAAAAAUCAUUUGAUAGACUACUGAAAGAACUACCUGAAUUGAUGUUGGAUUCUCCCAGAGCACCACAGUUAGUUGGCCAAUUUAUUGCUAGAGCAGUUGGAGAUGGGAUUUUAUGUAGUACUUACAUAGACAGCUACAAAGGCACCGUGGAUUGUGUCCAGGCUCGAGCUGCAUUGGACCGAGCUACUGUGCUGUUGAGUAUGAAAAAAGGUGGAAAGCGUAUAGACAGCGUAUGGGGAUCAGGUGGCGGACAGCAAUCUGUAAAACAUCUUGUUAAAGAGAUUGAUAUGUUGCUGAAGGAGUACCUACUUUCUGGAGAUGUAUCAGAAGCUGAGCGUUGCCUUCAGGAACUAGAAGUGCCUCACUUUCACCAUGAACUUGUAUAUGAAGCAAUUGUGAUGGUUUUAGAAUCGACUGGAGAAACAACCUUUAAAAUGAUGCUUGAUUUGUUGAAAUCCCUCUGGACGUCUACUGUCAUUACUCUGGACCAAAUGAAAAGAGGUUAUGAACGAGUUUACCGUGAAAUCCCAGAUAUUAACCUGGAUGUGCCACAUUCAUACUCUAUGCUUGAGCGGUUUGUAGAGGAAUGCUUUCAAGCUGGAAUCAUUUCCAAACCACUGAGAGACCUCUGUCCUUCAAGGGGAAGGAAGCGCUUUGUAAGUGAAGGAGAUGGAGGUCGUCUUAAACUAGAGAGCUACUGAGUACAGAAACCAACUCUUGCAGCCUUAGAUGUUUAAAGGGAAAAAAAUAUAUUCUUUAUCUAAAUUGUAAGAGUUGCUUAGCACAGUUCAUAUAUAAUUUUUUAAAGCACUUGUUUUGGGUACAAAUCAUUUCUGAAAUAGUUUUGUAAAUUUAUAUUCAGGAAGGGCAUAUAGUAGAACAGAACAAGUAACCACAUUUCAGUGGUGGUGCCUUCAAAUAAGCUACCCUUUUGUAAGUGCCAUAUGUUUAUGACCUAAUCAUUCCAUGUUCUGCAUUGAUGUCUGACUGUCACUCCUUUCCUUCAAGGACAGUGUUUUUGUAGUAAAAUCACUGGUUUAUACAAAGCUUUAUUAUAGAGGGGUCAAGUUAAACUGCUGUAACCUCAUUUGGGCUGCUGCUGUUGAAAUGCUGUGCUUUGGGAGGAAAAAUGGUUAUUUCUUUAAAGAAUCUAAAAAAUGGAUUUGGUCAUAAGACGUAUUCAUCUUUUCCAGGGGAACGCACUGAUUGGUCUUAAAGACCAGUGCAGUAAAAGGUGUCUGGAACAUCUAUUUCUCUACAAAACUGGAAAAAAUGAACAGUUCUGUAGAAUGUAUUACAAAAUAAAUUUUUGUAAAGCUA